CGGCGACCAACUUCAUGUCUACUUCGCCCUCCAAACGUCGCUGUCAUUACUCGAGCCAGCAGAGGGAGCGUUAGCGGUCCUUCGUCCAGCACAAGUUGAAGUCUUCGCAGAAGGACAAAGUUCGGCAGUUCAUGUCCUUUACGCAGGCCGGGGAGAGGACGGCCGUGUACUGCCUGACGCAGAAUGACUGGAAACUAGAGGUUGCCACAGACAACUACUUCCAAAAUCCAGACCUCUACUACAAAGGAUCCAUGAAAACCACAGUCGACCGCAAGAAGCUGGAGCAGCUUUACAACCGAUACAAAGACCCCCAGGAUGAGAACAAGAUUGGUAUCGACGGGAUCCAGCAGUUCUGUGACGACCUGAUGCUGGACCCGGAGAGCAUGAGCAUUCUCGUGGUGGCGUGGAAGUUCAGAGCGGCCACGCAGUGCGAGUUCAGCAGGAAAGAGUUCCUGGAUGGCAUGGCUGAGCUCGGCUGUGACAGUCCUGAGAAACUCAAGGCGGUCCUUCCCCGACAGGAGCAGGACCUGAAAGACACGGGGAAGUUCAAAGACUUCUACCAGUUUACCUUUAACUUUGCCAAGAACCCCGGCCAGAAAGGUUUAGACCUCGAGAUGGCUGUUGCUUACUGGAAUCUAGUUCUUACUGGUCGCUUCAAGUUUUUGGAUCUCUGGAACCGCUUCCUGCUGGAGCAUCACAAGCGCUCGAUCCCCAAGGACACGUGGAACCUCCUCCUGGACUUUGGCAACAUGAUCAUGGACGACAUGUCAAACUAUGAUGAGGAAGGGGCCUGGCCCGUCCUCAUCGAUGACUUUGUGGAGUUUGCUCGGCCGAUUGUGACGAGUAAGCGCAACAUCACAUAGUGUUGGCCCCGGCGUCUUACAGCAAACGGAGCUUGUGUUUCUCCCAAUUUACUUUUUUUAAUUUUUUUUAUGAGGAUUUUUAUACAAAUGAGCCAAAAAGAGAGUUCUUCUCAAUCAGCCUGUCCUGCAGCUUGUCGUUCUGCGUAUGACGCCUUGACUGGGGGAGUGACUGCGAGACACCGGUUUGUAGAAGAAAGCAAGAGAAGGGGAAUCAACAGGACGGAGAUAGUUAUUUUGUUUUGUUUGGCGAGGUCAGACCUUUUUGAAAUUGCAAUAUGGAAACGAUCGCUCACCCAGGGGCGCGGCUACAAAACUGCUGCCGCUGCGGACUUGGCUCACCGACCUGCGCCCUCGGCACAGUGAGGAGGGUCAGUGACGGUGAACUUUCAGCACACGCAGGGGAUUAAGUUCUGGAGGCAGUGGUUUGUGGCCUCUGACACCGCCAAUUGUGAAUGGAACAGUGUGUUUUAAAAUCUGCAUGUUUCUGUCAGCUAGCGCGAAGCAGUGCCACAUACACUGGGAGAGGAGGGGGGGGGGUCCUCUGUUGUUUUCACUGAGAUUGUGAAUGUGUAGCUCCAACAAUCACUGAGAGCAAAGUGUGUGUGUGUGAGCAAAGUGUGUGUGUGUGUGUGUUGUAGUGUUGGGGUUAGACAUAUUGCCUCUUUUACAAUGCAAUGCUAAAUAUUUUUUAUUUGGUUUGACUAUGAUUAGAGUUUAAUAAAUUAUGAUUCACCCAAACUGAGCGACGGUGGAACAAGUUCAGCUCCACAUUUUUUGUAUUCUCACGGAGAACUGGAAGAGCGGCAUGCUUUUCUAGCUCGGCACCAGCAGAAUUCCUGUUGUGACGGCGGUAAGCGCUGCACCCAUAGGAGUAAGAAUAGAUUCAGCUUUAGAGGAACACCUCAUGGCAUUUAUCAUCAUGAUUAGUACAUAACAAGCUUUGAGGAUCCUUACCUUUUUUUAAUUCUUCUGCAUUACAUAUGUGGUUGACGUUAGUUUUGCGGUGUGUGUGUGAGCUGCUGUACACAGUUUGUCUGACUGACUCUUUUCUAUUUUCCGGGUGAUUUGCUGACUCGACAAACUGCACUGAUUUUACACUUUCUUUCUGUUGUAGGAUUUCUUUUAUCAGGCAGCACUGAGCUACAGAGCUCUCCACUUCCCUUGAACGUGGCUUCACAGACACGCUAGACUUUUUAAAUGAACAUCUGCAUCCCAGCUUGGAUUUAUUUGUAACUGUUUGUUUACAUCGUGUGAUGUUUAGGUCGCACGCCAUGGAUUAGCGCCACAGAGCUCCUCGUCACGAUGAGAACAAUGCCGCCAUCAAGGGGUGCAAAGCUUCUCUUUCGUGGCUCUUCAAAUGUCAUAACAGACAGUGUUUGUGUGUGUGUGUGUGCAUGCGUGUGUGUGUGUGUGUGUGUGUGUGUGUGUGUGUGUGUGUGUGGACUUUUUAAGAAGUUGAAGCAAAUCAUCAUUGUUAUGAUUUCCGUCAAAGACGCCAGCUUCAUCGUGUCUGUGAAACAGUCCGCGUCGUAGCAGCUGGUGUCAUAUUGUUGUUCCUUGUAACUCGUCGAGUGAGAAGGAAACAUCGAGUGACUUUCUGACCGUCAAAGUUGUGCACAAACUUUUCUCGGUCGAGACGGCACGAUGGUGUGAAAGCUUUUCCCAGUAUGAUUGUUGUUGACUUCAUGCUCCGACAUCGUCCGUGGUUCACAAGCCGUUAUUCAUUUCACUGACGUGUUACAUUUGGUACGUUUCUAUUUGUCAAAUGUGUGGUCAACUGUUUCAAGUCGUGCAGAUCAUUCUUAUCAAGACAGUAUUAUUUUUUGCCGACUAUGAAAUUGUGUUAUGUUUUGUCACAGAAGCAUAUACCGAACAUUGUUUUCUUCAAGAAAAGUUGUCAAUAAAGCAUGUUGUUUUUAA